AAACUUCGGCCGUUAGCACGGGGUGUUAUCACUGGUGUUUUAUUUGUCGGCCGUCUCCUGCGAUGUGGCUUCUGUCCUUGAGAUCUGGCACCCCCCCCUUAGAUCACAUGUGGGCUCAAUUGACGCCCGCUAUGCGAUGCAACAAACACGUUAUUGGCAGGAAAUUUAAAACUCAAUCCCAUUUAAUAACUUCCAGCCAGUGACGCCCCCCUCCAGGAAACUGCACACAGAUCGCUCUUCCCUGGAUCGGAUUGCGCAUUGUGGCCGCCACUGCUCUCAUCCCCCUCUAAAUAAGCAGCACCGCUCGGCUGAAGGAUCAACGCUCCCUUCUCCAUAUAUCGCUUUGUGAUCUUACCCAGUACUCUAUACUACGAUUUUCCCAUGUUGACAUUAGACCCUCGAAGACUCGGCGCCAUGAACCACCCUUCAGGCGGCCCCUUCCCCACCGACCUCCCCGUCAAGACAGAAGACCCCGGCUUCCAAUUUCAGGGUUUCCCUGUCGACUGCGCACCGCCAGGCCACCAGAGGUCCGACGUUCCCCACGUCUCUGGGGUAUCAAGCUACAUGCAGCCCACCACUUGCCCGCCCGGUAUGCUCACCGGAUACCCAAUGGCCGACACGCCGCCCAACAUGUUAGGGCUGAACAACAGCGGCGGAAUGGAGUUUAUGAAUCUCGACCCGCUGUUCCAGAAUGUACGCCCACUGGGUCAUGCAUUUGACUGCAGUAACGCACCACAUCUGACGCCUCAGACUCUGACCGGAGGAGGAAUCACGCCAGAGGAGGGAUUGCCCAUCAACUUCAACGUCUUUGAGUCGCCGCAGCCCACGGACGAUGCCGACUCUGGCAAUCUUCCUCUGCAGCAGCAGCAGCAGCAACAACAGCAACAGCAACAGCAACAGCAGCCUCCACCACCACCACACCAAAUACCUCUCCACAUGCAGCCGCAAAUCCCCUUCCACCCGCAAUUCCGAAACCCCUUCGGAAUCCCCAUCCCAACAACCAACCGUAUGAAACUCGAUCGCAUCCGCCGCAACUCCGCGCCCGAGCUGAACCUGCACGAGCAGGAGCGGCAAAACAAGCACGCGAGCCGUCGCGCCUCGCACAACAUCGUCGAGAAGCGCUACCGCAUCAACCUCAAUAGCAAGUUCAAGAAGCUGGACGAGAUCGUCCUCUGCGGGAUGGACGGAGACCUUGUUUCGGAUAUCGCCAACGCCAAUGGCAGUUCCAACUCUGCGACUUCAAACUCCGAAGGCGCGGCAUCUGCACCCGUAUCCACCGUCACGACCCAGUCCAAUCGGACGCCGCCGCCCAAGGCGUCGAUUAUCGAUAGUGCGUUGAACUAUAUUGCGAGUCUGCAGCGGGAGGUUCAAACCUUGAAGCGGAGACUGGAGGCUUAUGAAAAGGGAGGCGUUACACUCCAGCUACAGGCCGCUGGGUCGGCUUUGCCAGACCUCGCUGCUGCAACUGGAUCUGGAGAUGCACAGGGUUUUACUACCCACGAUGAACAUACCAACGACGCGUGCGAAAGCAGCUCGGUGAAAAGCGAGUCCCCUUUUGAGCAAUGGACUAACGAAUGACCAUUUUUUUCCCCUUUGGACACAGUUGAGGCCCUAUGCCAAGGCCUGAUAUCUUGUUUUCUCCACCUACAUGCCCUACACUGUUUCUUACGUCGAAGCUCUGGCGUUCUAGGAUACAUUACAUGAUUGCUUCAGUGGUCUGGUGUCUUGGUACUCAUGGUAUGACAACUUUUCUUUUUAUUCAUUUAGCUAGGAGUUGGGGUCUCUGUUGAUCUUUUUGGGAUAGAUGAGGCCCUGGUGGCCAUGUUAUAUCACGGCCGAGCGGGAGAGCAGGAG